AUGAUGAAAAUGGGAAGCUUGAGUACGAUUCUGAGGCACCCAGAUGAGAUAUAUCCACUCUUGAAGUUGAAGAUUGCGAUUACGAAAGCUCAGAAACAGAUCCCACUUGAUCCACUUUUAGCUUUCUGUUAUUCAACGCUCAUCAAAGUUUCUAGAAGCUUUUGUCUUGUUAUACAACUAUUAGGCACCGAGGAGCUUCGUAACACCGCGUGUGUGUUAUACUUGAUUCUCCGAGCUCUUGAUACAGUUGAGGAUGACACAAGCAUACCAAUGGAGACCAAAGUUCCGAUUCUGAUAGAUUUCCACCGUCACAUAUACGAUCCUGACUGGCAUUUUUCAUGUGGUACUAAUGACUACAAGUUUCUAAUGGACCAAUUACACCGUGUUUCUGCAGCUUUGCUUCAACUUGGAAAAAGGCCUCAAGAAAUUAUUGAAGAUAUAACUAAAAGAAUGGGUGCAGGAAUGGCGAAAUUCAUUUGCAAAGAGGUAGAAACGGUUGAUGACUAUGAUGAAUACUGUCAUCAUGCUGCUGGACUUGUGAGUUUAGGUUUAGCAAAGCUCGUCCUCGCUUCGGAAUCAGAAACAUGGACUCCAGACUGGAAGCAGAUUGCAACGUCUACUGGUUUAUUUCUGCAGAAAACAAAUAUCAUUAGAGAUUAUCUAGAGGACAUCAAUGAGAUACCAAAAUCACGCAUGUUUUGGCCACGUGAGAUUUGGGGAAAAUAUGUUGACAAGCUCGAGGACUUAAAAAAUGAGGACAAAUCAACAGAAGCAGUGCAGUGUUUGAAUGACAUGGUCACUAAUGCCUUGAUGCAUGUUGAAGAUUUCUUAAAAUCCAAGAAUGUGUUUCGUACUCCUUCAGUAUUUCGGUCGGUUUCCAUCUCUCAGAUCAUGGGGAUUGGAACACUUGCAUUAUGCUAUAACAACGUACAACUAUUUAGAGGCGUCGUGAAACUGAGGCGAGGUAUAGUCGCUAAAGUAUUUGAUCGCACAAAGACAAUGGAUGAUGUCUACGGUGCAUUCUAUGAUUUUUCAUGCAUGAUAGUGAAAAAGGUUGACAAGAACGAUCCAAAUGCAAUGAAAACACUAAAACAACUUGAAAUCAUCAAGAAAAUCUGCAGAGAAAAUGGAGACCUCCACAAGAGGUAG